AUGCCUCACACCAAGCAAACAGGCCGCACCGAAAAACAUGGCACAGUGCUUCAUCCCCACGUCAAACCUGUUUACAAACGGCAUCGUGCGAUGACCGCUGCAAAAUCCGCUGCAAAAUCUGCUGCAAAACACACUGCUAUCAGUGGGGCACUUCCUCAACCCAUCCAUGAUUUCCGCAUCCCUGUCACCAAGGCCGAACUCUCUAUCGACCAAUGGGAGGCAUGUGCGCCUCACAGAAUUCAUUACGGCGUUCCGAAACUGGUAAAUUAUGUUGGAAGGGAUAACACUAACCUUGAGUUUUUGCGGGUUCCUGCUAUGAAGGACCGGCGGAUUCUCGGCCAUGUGCUCCUCCCCACUAGAUAUUGUUCAUCCUGGGUGUACCUUUGCUACUGUGUGGAGUACUGGCUCUCCAUAUGGAAAUGUUGGGAUGAAGAGUCGAAGAAGAAGCAGAAGAAGACGAAGAAGACGAAGAUCAAGGCACAACAAGAAAGGGCGGGUCUGAUUGACACGUCUCGCAAGAAUGCUGGUGCACGUUUCCUUCAAGCUAUGGUUGCCAGAAGAAUUGUGUUGGAGGAGUGCAUCGCGAACGGCGUGAAUGAUGGGCGGAUUAAAUCACUCGACGAGUUCCUCAUUCGCGAUCGCCGAGAUUGGCUAUUCGUGGAGUUCGAUGAGUUGCCUGACGAUGCGGACAUGUACUUAGCGGCCGAUCCGUUGCACACAAGGAACAAGAGGAUGUUCGAAACGGGCUGGGGCGUAAAUGUGAAUGACAUCCCGAUGAUGCUUGGCGGAGCGGACAAUGCAUGGAUGUCCAAGGGACUUGACCUCUCAGAGAUGUUCAAGAAAGAUAUGGAUGCAGCCAUCAAGCACCUCAAAAAAGGGGGGAAAGGGAUAGACAUCCCAUAUGAUGAAAACGCGGCAUUGCCAGACAGGUGGCAUGAGUACCACGAGCCACCAAUUCGAUUCAUCAGCGAACGAAAGGACCAGUUUUUACGCGAUGGAUUCACCCUAGAUGCACCUCUGGUCUUUUUGUACCAUUGCUUGCGGGCCGAGGAGGAGAUCGAACGCCGAGACUUCCUGAGGGAAAUCAUGGACAUGCUGCCCAACGACGGGACACGACAACAGUGGUCGUUGCGUGUUGACCAGCUGAUCGAUGGCGAGAUGGCAUGGGACGAGUUCAGUAAUUUAGUGGCUGAUGCGUUGGAUUUGGAGCUGGAUCGGCGGACUAACAACAUGGGUCCAGACAGCGUGGAGCCUGACCUCCCGUUUCUCAAAUUGGAUGCGAGGAUCGCGGUGCGAGCUUACCUGCGCAAUUCGAAAAGCAACCCCGACACCGCUGCCGAUAUAUUUUUUCGCAGCAUCAGUCGAUUUUCUGAUCCAGAUACAAAGGAUCGCAAGAUUUGGGAUUGGGUUAUGACAAAGGCCAAACCGGACACAGUGACUACAGUGCUGCAGAAAGCACAUGAUCACCGCUCGAAAUCAUUGAGUGAGAGCCAAGGUGAUGAGCAGUAUGUUGCCCCACCAGAAAUGAAAGCCUGUUCGGGGAUGGGCACAGAUAGUCACGAGGAGUCAGGCGAUGGUUCAUCUGAGGUCCGGUUUACACUGCCUGAACCGUCGCCUGUUCCUUCCUCUGUGGCACAACAACCACCUCCUGCUAUGGCCGUCUCAAGGAGGGAGGCAUGGCUCUGUAGUGGACAUACUCUUGAUAAACCCCUGGUAUUCUUGCGCCAUUACCUUGAAGAGGAGGACCACAUCAAACAAGCAGACUUUUUGCAAGAAAUCAUGGAUUUUCUCCCUAUGAACCGGGGCAGAGAUCAAUGGUCGGAGAGAGUAGAUCAUCUAUACCAGGGCUUGACUACAUGGAGCCAAUUCAGUCAGUUACUCGCUGAUGACCUAGACCUGCACGAUGGCCAGCUGGAUGGCGGUACAGAUCAAGAGGGGGAAAACCUUCAGUGUCCGUUUCGAACCUUAGAUGCAAAGAUCGCCAUAAGGACUUACCUUCGGCACUUGAAGGAGAAGCCCCACGAUGCUGACAAAUUGUUCUGUGCAUGUGUGGAUCGAUUUUCCAUCAUACCAAGCAGUGAACCUAUAUGGCGUUCUGUGCAGAAGCUCAGCCUGGAAAGCAGCCUGGCCGAUGUCUUGAAGUUUGCAGAAGAUGCCUGGUACGGCAGGCCUCCUGAUCACACUCCUGACACCAUCAUGGGAUCUCAGGAUGAGAUAUACACAAAUCCAAACUCAUCAUCAGAUCGAAUUUCACAGUUCACUGCAGCAUCUGAGGAAGGUGGAUGA